GAAAUAUGAAAAAUGUAAAAACAAAGCCUUGUUUUGUUUCUAAAAGAUCUUGUUGAGAGCUCCAACUAAAAAGUUCUGCAACAGAGAUAAAGCACCGUAGCUUUGAGCUGAAGACAACGACAAUAAUAGUUCCCUUCUUGCAUUGCAUGGUUUGUUUCCUUUUUACCUUUUUUCUUUUGUCGGUCUUGAGGGAUCUGCAAAUCCAGACAAAGAAGGGUCUCUCACAUGUUCUUUUGUUAAAGUCUACAACCUUUGUGUAACAUCAGAGUCACUUCGUUUUCUCAGAAAACAUAGUACUAGUAGUUGUUGCAACACUGUAGCUUUGUCCUUCUACUCUCUUUUCCACUCUGCAGUAAAAACCGUAGUAUCUUUUUCUUUUUUAUCAGUGAAUAUUACAGACACGUUUUUUAUCAGUGAAUGUUUUUCUUCCAUGUCACAACGAUUCAUUAUCCAUGAUAUGCUCAUUCUGGUGUUGAAGUUCUGAGAGGAUAAGUAUUCUGCAUCAUUUAGUUCUCAGUAUAUAAAACAUACAUCACUCACUGAUGGGUUUGGGAGUGUUUGGUUCUGUUCUAGUUUUGACACUCUUGUUCAAGCACUUAGCAUCCCAGCAACCGAACACUGAUGAUUCCUUUGUGUCUGAGUUCUUGAAGAAGAUGGGUUUAGCAUCCUCCCAGGUCUACAACUUGUCUUCUUCUGUAUGUUCGUGGCAAGGGGUUUCAUGUGAUUCCAAGGGAGAGCAUGUUGUUGAGUUGGGUUUUUCUGGUAUGGGUCUUUCUGGUCCUAUUCCAGAAACCACAAUAGGCAAGCUCAGCAAGCUUCAAUCUUUGGACCUCAGCAACAACAAGAUCACUGACUUGCCUUCUGAUUUCUGGAGCUUAAGCUUUCUCAAGAGCCUCAACCUCUCCUUCAAUCAGAUUCAUGGCUUAUUGACUAACAACAUUGGAAACUUUGGUUUGCUUGAAGUAUUAGACUUGUCCAGCAACAAUUUCUAUGGGGUAAUUCCUGAAGCUGUUAGUUCUCUUGAGAGUGCGAGGGUCCUCAAACUUGACCACAACAGGUUUGACCAAAGCAUGCCUUCCGGGAUUCUCAAGUGUCACUCUCUAGUUUCAAUUGAUCUUUCUUCAAACCAGCUUAGUGGGACACUUCCACAUGGUUUUGCUGCUGCUUUUCCUAAGCUCAUUAGCUUGAACCUUGCUGGGAAUAAUAUUUAUGGUAAUGAUUCAGAUAUUUCAGGGUUGAAGUCCAUUGUGAGUCUCAACAUAUCUGGCAAUUCCUUUCAGGGUUCUGUGAUGGGUUUGUUUAAGGGAAGGCUUGAGGUCUUGGACCUUAGCAGAAACCAAAUGCAAGGUCACAUUGCUCAGGUACCUUUUGUCUCUAAGUACAAUUGGUCUGGUUUAGUUUACCUUGAUUUGUCAGAGAAUCAGCUUGAUGGGGACAUUUUCCAAAAUUUUAAUGAAUCCCAUAAUCUAAAGCACCUUAAUAUUGCUUACAAUAGAUUUACCAGACAGAAAUUCCCCAAGAUUGAAAUGUUCUCAGGAUUGGAAUAUCUGAAUUUGUCCAAAACUAGUCUCAUUGGUUACAUUCCUGCUGAAAUCUCACAACUGAGUAAUUUGAAUACACUUGAUGUUUCUAUGAAUCAUCUUAUAGGGAAAAUCCCUUUACUAAGCAAUAAGAACCUCCAAGUUCUUGACCUUUCAAAUAACAAUUUGAGUGGAGUAGUCCCUCCAUCAGUCUUAGAGAAACUUCCUUUGAUGGAGAAAUACAACUUCUCUUAUAAUAACUUAACCCUUUGUGCUUCGGAAAUCAAACCAGCUAUCCUCCAAACAGCAUUCUUUGGAUUACUGAAUAGUUGCCCAAUUGCUGCAAACCCAAGCCUUUUCAAAAAAAGAGAGGCACAGCACAAGGGAAUGAAGCUAGCUCUGGCAUUGACCCUCUCAAUGAUCGGCUUGAUUGCUGGCCUUUUGCUUCUAUCGUUCAGUCGCCUUAAGAAAACAAAACCAUGGGCUGUUAAGCAAACUUCAUACAAAGAAGAACACAUGUCAGGUCCCUUUUCAUUCCACACCGAUUUGACCACGUGGGUGGCUGAUGUUAAACAAGCAUCAUCUGUUCCGGUCGUGAUCUUUGACAAACCAUUGUUGAAUAUUACAUUUGCAGAUCUCUUGGCUGCAACUUCAAAUUUCGAUAGGGGUACCCUUUUGGCUGAAGGAAAAUUUGGGCCUGUAUAUAGAGGCUUUCUAGCUGGUGGUAUUCAUGUAGCAGUUAAAGUUCUAGUGGUUGGAUCUACUCUUACAGAUAAAGAAGCUGCACGAGAGCUUGAGUAUCUUGGUAGAAUCAAGCAUCCCAAUCUUGUUCCUCUAACUGGAUAUUGUGUAGCUGGUGAUCAGAGAAUUGCCAUAUAUGACUACAUGGAGAAUGGAAACUUGCAAAAUUUGCUUUAUGACUUGCCACUUGGAGUACUACAAAGGACAGAUGAUUGGAGCACAGAUACAUGGGAAGAAGAUGAUAGUAAUGGAAUUCAAAAUGCUGGAUCUGAAGGAGUCCUCACAACAUGGAGAUUCCGCCAUAAAAUUGCACUUGGCACUGCCCGGGCAUUGGCAUUUCUGCAUCAUGGAUGCUCACCACCAAUUAUCCACAGAGAUGUUAAAGCUAGCAGUGUUUAUUUGGACUAUAACUUGGAGCCAAGAUUGUCUGAUUUUGGGCUGGCUAGGAUUUUUGGUGGUGGCUUGGAUGAGGAGAUUGCACUUAGUUCACCUGGUUAUGUUCCACCAGAGUUUUCUCAACCAGAAUUUGACACCUCAUCUCCAAAAUCUGACGUGUACUGUUUUGGAGUUGUUCUCUUUGAGCUACUAACUGGGAAGAAACCAGUUGGAGAUGAUUAUCAUGAUGAGAAAGAAGCAACUUUGGUUAGUUGGGUCAGAGGACUUGUAAGAAACAACAAAGCUUCAAGAGCUAUUGAUCCUAAAAUUCGCGAUACAGGAUCAGAAGGGCAAAUGGAGGAGGCCCUUAAGAUUGGUCAUCUGUGCACUGCUGAACUUCCUUCCAAGCGACCAAGCAUGCAGCAGAUAGUUGGACUUCUGAAAGAUAUUGAACCUUCUCCUAAUUAGCAUGAUAAAAAAGAAUU